AUGCAAACCGCUCUGUCUACAGCUGAUAUACGCUACCUGAUUGCAUGGGACGCUACUCUUCGCCCUUGCGACCUUGCCCACCUUGCACGUGUCUCUCACGACUGGCAGGACGUCGCCGAGGCUGCUUUAUGGGCAGAUCUUCCUGACCUAACAUACCUCCUGAAGCUCAUGCCAAGAAAUUUGUGGUCAUAUGCGCCAAAGCAGCGGACAUGGUGUUCAGCCGAGCCACGUUAUCUACGCUUGAUGCGCGCUCCCAUCCCAUCUGACUGGACACCCGCCCUUCGAAAGUCGGCACUUGUCAGGCGGUUGACUAUCAACUGCCUCCAUGAAGUCUAUUGUGACGACCACGCCAGUCUCGAGCUCGACGAUGACCCUCGUAUCUCCUUUGUCGACUCACUUCACGCCAUUGGCUCGCGGAUAUCCUCCUUGCGUCUCGUCAUCACCUUGGAUCGUCAGUCAGACGUCGACAUCCCAUACCUCCAGCAAAUCUCCAAAACUCCCUCUCUCAGCAGCCUACGCAUAGCCACUUAUUCUUCGAGCACUGCGUCCUUUCGUCAGCCGAUAUCAUAUGACGCGUCUGCGUUCGGCUUCCUGCGCACACUGCGCACCAUUGGCUGCCCCGUCAUCAUGGUGGCUGAUAUAAUCCGCUUGGCGGCGACGCGCCUGGAGUAUAUCGACUUCAAUCAUGGCGGCGCUGUGACCGCCGCAGAACUGGACUUGCUCGUCCGUGCCGUAUGCGAGCGCUGUUCCGCGAGCACUCUACGGGAUCUGCUUAUCAUUCCGAAGGAUUACGCCGAGGACGACCCUCUCCAACAUCUCGUCCCGCUCGCACAAUUCAAAAGACUGCGAUUGCGCUUUAUGAACUCGAAUUAUGCGGUCAGAGACGGUCGCCUACUCAUGCACAUUGCACUCUGCAUCCCGGAACUCUGUGCUCUCGUUGCCCGCGAUAGCGUUUUAAGCAGCGCUGAUCUCGCGCGGCUUGCCCUUGUUUCUCGUACAUGGCGGGCAGCUGCCGAGGAGGUUUUGUGGGAAGACCUUUCGGACAUCUUGUGUCUGCUAAGAUUACUUCCCGAGGACUUAUAUUACAUCGAGACAGAGCCGUCUACAGAUGAUUUAUACCGUAGCGCGGACGAGCGGCGCGUCUUCAAACUGAGACGCAAGCUUAGACCGGCGGAUUGGACGUCCCUCCUGCGUAAAUCGGGCUUGGUGAAGAUUCUCACCGUGGCGUCCACUGUGUCAGCAGAGGUCCAGCAGGCCAUCAUCGAAUGCCCGUCACCUCUGAAGGUCUUACCUCGACUAGAAACGCUAUGUUUGGCCAAGUCGGCGAACCCAAUUUUCCUUGGCGCCUUCGUCCCGCUGGAUGCCAUCACGGCUCUGCGCAUCACACAUUCUGGCGCCUCUACCUAUUUGUCAAAAAUUCCUCUUCUGCAAUUAUGCGCGAACAUUGAAAACCUGACGCUGAGGCUGCAUCUCGUUGGCGCCUCAAAGCAGGCCAAGGCCGAAGAAUUAUUCAAGGCGGUCACUGAGACCAAGCGGAUUCGUCGUCUCUCGCUGCUCCUCACCAUGGAGUUCGCUCUUCCCUCGGAGCGCUUCAUGCACUUCAUAUCGCGCCUUCCAGCGCUCACGACCCUUGAUAUACGACUCAACCGAUGCGACGGGGCUAGAGAUUAUCGACCUAUUACCUACGCCUCCCACAGCUUCGUGCACCUGCGGACCCUCAAGUUAAGUCGACAUAGUACGCAAAUGCUGGCUGACAUCCUGCGUGCGUCAUCCCCAUGCCGUCUUCACGUAAUCGACCUCGUCUACUUUUCCCUCGAAGGCGCGGACAUCGAGCCCCUCAUCGCCACGAUAUGCACGUAUUGUGCGCGAAGCGCCCUGCGCAAGCUGUCUAUCGCUGCCUCGAACUUCUUCGGAAGCGCCGAUCCGCAAUGUCUGGCGCCGCUGGCGUCUUUUGAGCAGCUAGAAGUUCACUUCAUGGACAGAGCUGUAUCGUAUACAUAG